AUGUACUCCAACAUCAUCAUCGUGGCCGUGGCCGCCGCCGCCCUCUUGGCCCCCUCGAGUGCGCUUACCAUGCGCAACAAACACGUCGGUGACUUUCGUCUCUUCUCGCACCAGGGCUGCUUUGACGGCAACCUUGGCGUCUGGACCGUCAUAGACGAUGACGUCGCGCAUCAGCCCUGCCAGCCCAUGAACGACAUUGCUGUUCACUCCGUCAAUGUUAAUGCCGUGAAUGGCGCUUGCAAAUUCUCCCUUUACGAGGAUGCGGAUUGCAAGGCCGGCGGGCAAAAUACCACGCAGGGCAACUGCUACAAUAGCGCUGCUGGCUGGAAGGCGUGGAAGAUGACGUGCUAG